AUGUGCAUUGUGGGGCAGCCACUAGCACCCUAUGGUGGGCAGAGGCCUGGCAACGACUCGGCGGCUGCCGCUGCCGCCCUCCAUCAGGUGCCCAAGUCGGCACGCUGCCUUGGCAGAUUCAUCCGCUUCGAUCCCACCACAGCCGUACCCUGCGGGCGACGUAGGGCAGCGGCGGCGGCGAUGUCAUCAUCGAGGACAGGGGCCUGCAAAAUGGCCCUCAUGGUAAAUGUUGCACUCAGUAGUAUUGGUGCUAGAAGGAGAAGGAAGCGUUCUCUUGUGAUGCACAAGAAGAAGAGGAUGAUAUUGCCAUUUGUUCCAUCUAAAGAUGGAGCCAGAAGACUCAAACAACUGGAGUCUCUAGCCACUGCCUUGACUACAUCCAAAACAGAGUUCAGUAAUGAACUUACUUAUAUGCCUAAUAUGGCUCCUAGAUCUUCCAAUCUGGCAAGAUUGGAGGUAGGCGGUAUACAGGUUCUGCAAAAAGAGGAUAAGGAAAGUAUACAGCUAUGCAGAACCAUGCAAAAAAGAGGCGAAUUUCCUCCACUUCUCGUGGUCUUUGAUUCCCAGGAAGGUUUCACUGUGCAGGCUGAUGGCAACAUAAAGGAUAUGACCUUCCUAGCUGAAUAUUCUGGGGACGUUGAUUAUGUAGAUAAUAGAGAAAAUGAUGGUUGCAACUGUCUUAUGACGCUCCUCAUGUCAGCUAAUCCUUCCCAAGAUCUGGUCAUUUGCCCUGACAAGCGGGCGAACAUUUCCCGCUUUUUCAGUGGCAUCAAUAACUCCACACCGGAUGGUAAGAAGAAGCAAAAUGUCAAGUGUGUGCGGUAUGACAUCGAUGGAGAGAGCCAUGUCUUGUUGGUGGCCUGUCGUAAUAUAGUGUGUGGUGAUAAGCUAUAUUGCAAUUACAAUGGGUAUGAGAAUGCGUAUCCCACAAACCAUUUCGUCUAA